AUGAGCAAUAGCGCGGGCGAGUCUGCUACAACGCAGCAGCUAGGCGACUGGGUCGAAUCGCUUCUUGCGCAAGUCGAGAAGCGCUUUGCCGAGCAGAAUCAGCAAGUGGUGAAGCGUAUGAACGAGAUGGCCGAUCGUAUCGACGCGCUGGAGUCUUCGAUUCUGGAGCUGGUGCAUGGCUCUGAGGCCAAGCCCGCGCCUGCAGCCUAG